AUGGCCCGAACAAACCGUAAGACACCCGUGAUCAUCGGAGUCGGAGAUGUCGUCAAUCGCUCCAAGAAAAUCGAAGACGCCUUCGAACCACUCCAACUCAUGAUAAAUGCCAUCCAAGAAGCCAUACACGACACCGGAAUCUCAGGCCCCCAAUUCCAAGCCCAAAUCGACAGCAUCGACGUCGUGAAAUCCUGGACUUGGCCCUGCGACUACCCAACCCUCGUCGCCGAAAGACUAGGCUUCAAGCCAGUACACGCCGAAUACAGUGAACACGGCGGCAAUCAACCCGCGAGAUGCGUCGACGAAGCAGCCCGUCGCAUCUCCAAGGGCGAAGCGAAAGUAGCAGUCGUGACCGGCGGCGAAGCACUCGCUUCCCUGACAGCAUGCGCAGCCGCAAAGAAAAUGCCACCACCCAACUGGACGAAUCCCUCCGAGGACGUGACCAAAGUCUUCUCGCCCACCACGCGAGAACUGCAAGCGAACUAUGGAGCGAGACAUUCGAUUGGCAAUCCGAUCCAGCUCUACCCGCUCUAUGAGAAUGCUCUGCGAGCACAUCGCGGCCAAUCGAUCGCGGAGAAUCAUGCGGAAUCCGCGGAGAUGUAUGCCGAGUUUGCGAAGAUUGCCGAGUCGAAUGCGUAUGCGUGGAAUCACGGUGCACCUGCGGAGACGGCGGAGAGUAUCGGGAUGGUCUCGAAGAAGAACCGCAUGAUUUGCUUUCCGUACCCGCUAUUGAUGAAUGCCUUUAGUACGUCGACACCCUGUUGCUUGGUGGGGGAGAAGUACGACUGGGCUAAAAUGGUCUGCAGAUACCGUCAACCUCGCGGCUGCUUGCAUCCUGACCUCGACGGAAUACGCAAGAGAGCUCGGCAUCCCAUCGGAGAAGUGGAUCUAUCCUCUAGGUGGUGCUGGUACCUCCGACAGCGUUGAAUGUGAGUCAAUUUCUCACGCAGUGGGUUGAUAUUCUUAGCUAAUAACCGUAGUCUGGCAACGACCAGCAUACUGGUGGAGCCCGUCGAUAUCGAGAUCGCUGGACAACGCGCUGGACGUCUCUGCUCUGAAGAAGGACGACAUUGACCUCUACGACUUCUACUCGUAAGCCAACGUCCCUUGCGGCCGUCACAGAGAGUUGCUGACCUCAGGUUGAGAUGCUUUCCCGUGGUGCCAAAGCUCGCAUGCGACCAUCUCGGAAUGGCAACGACCAAGGGGGACAAGGCUUUGACAUUACUCGGAGGGCUGACAUCCUUCGGUGGUGCUGGGAACAACUACUCGCUCCACGUUGGGUUGCUCAGAGAGUCCAUUGUGAGCCCGGAAAGCUGACCGCGAUUAACAGGCAAUCACGGAAAUGACUCGACAGCUACGAAAGGGCAGAGGUAAGACUGGCCUUGUGCUAGCCAACGGCGGCUGGGUGACGUAUCAGCAUGUCCUAUGUCUCUCGAGCAGCCCGAGAAGCGACGGAUUGCCAUAUCCCGACGAGCCGCCACUGCCAAAAUACGUGACCGACGUACAGAUUCCCAAAAUCGUAGAGGAGGCAGAGGGCGAUGCCGCAGUCGAGGUAAGCAGGAGUAAAAUUCCCCGCCGAGACCAUUUUGGCAUUUCGCUGACCCCCUCCCGCGUUUUUGUAGACGUACACUGUCGAAUAUGCCCGCAACGGACAGCCGCUCCGAGGCCACAUUGUCGGCAGACUCAAAUCUACAGGCCAUCGUUUCUUGGCAAACCAUGCAGAUGAAGGUACCUUGAAAGCUCUGGCCAGCUGGGAGGUUGAUCCUAUCGGCCGCAGCGGGAGGGUCAAACGGGGCGGCGACGGCAGAAAUCUUUUCUCUUUCGGAGAGUCGGCAAGAUUGUAG